AAUGCAACACUGAAUGCUAAUUCACUUAUUAGCCAACACUGCCAUCUAUCAAGCGCCAAUAUUUUGUGCAUCAAUUAAUAAUUUGCCAAAAAAAGAACCGAAAAUGCCAAAGAUAAAGAAAAAGCAACAGUCCUCUUCCUCGGAGAGUGACAGUGGUCCUGAAGACCGCAAUCAGCCGGCGAGCAAGAAAGCAAAACAGACGCCGACUUCGGCGGCUGGGAAAACGGAUGGAAGAAGUGAGGAAAAUACCUGGACGCUUGAGAAGUUGCGCUUGGUCACAAUUAACGAAUUUCGCGGUCGCAAAAUGGUUGACAUCCGGGAGCACUACGAAAAGGACGGAAAAACUCUUCCCGGCAGAAAGGGCAUCUCGCUUUCCAUCACGCAGUGGAAGAAACUGAUUGAUCAAGCGGGCGAAAUUACUAAGGCACUCGAGAGUUAAGUUCAUCCUUUUCCCGUUCCAAGUCAUAGAAUAUUGAUGUUCAACUAACAUGUUAGUUUGCUUUCCUUAUAAACAAGAAAGCUACGAAUAAAAAACUACCUUAAAUGUUUAUAAAGAUA